UCUUUAUUGGUUCGUGUGUGGAAUAUUUAUUUUAAAUAAAGAUUAGUUAUCUAUUUACGUAGAUGUGUUAGCAUCAAGAGCAGCGGCGGCUAAAUUUCUGUUGAUUCAUCUCCGUUUGUGUCAAAUGCUAAGCAUGAGCCUUUUAUUCAACGCUGUUAAACAUGAACAACAGGAUGUAAUAGGAAGAGUUUAACUGCAGUCUGCAAUAAUGUCGCGUCGAUAUGAUUCAAGAACAACCAUCUUCUCCCCGGAGGGGCGUCUGUAUCAGGUGGAGUAUGCCAUGGAAGCCAUCGGCCACGCCGGCACCUGCCUGGGAAUCUUAGCCAACGACGGCGUGCUGCUGGCUGCUGAGAGGAGGAACAUUCACAAGCUGCUGGAUGAAGUGUUUUUCUCAGAGAAAAUCUACAAGCUGAACGAAGACAUGGCGUGCAGCGUUGCAGGAAUCACAUCAGAUGCCAACGUACUGACCAACGAGCUGAGGCUUAUAGCACAGAGGUACCUGCUGCAGUACCAGGAGCCAAUCCCCUGUGAGCAGCUGGUCACGGCUUUGUGCGACAUCAAACAGGCCUACACCCAGUUCGGAGGAAAGCGUCCCUUUGGAGUCUCACUGCUCUACAUGGGCUGGGAUAAACACUACGGCUUCCAGCUCUACCAGAGUGACCCCAGCGGGAACUACGGCGGCUGGAAGGCCACCUGCAUCGGAAACAACAGUGCUGCGUCCGUCUCCAUGCUGAAGCAGGACUUCAAGGAGGGAGAGAUGACACUUUCCUCAGCCCUCGCUCUCGCCGUUAAAGUUCUCAAUAAAACCAUGGACGUCAGCAAGCUGUCUGCAGAGAAAGUGGAGCUCGCCACUCUGACCCGCGAGAACGGCAAGACCUGCAUCAAAGUGCUGAAGCAGAAGGAAGUGGAGGAGCUGAUCAAGAAGCACGAAGCGGAGGAGGCCAAAGCCGAGAAAGAGAAGAAGGAGAAGGAGCAGAAAGAGAAGGACAAGUAGUCCCGCUGCGCCAAACUCUGAGUUGUGUGAGAAUGAAUGUGAGUUUCAGGUUUGUUUGUAUUUGUGUUUCCUAAAAUAAAUCCAGAUGAUGAAUUA